AUGGCUGCUGCACAAGGAUACCCUCUUCUCUGCCUGGAAAACCCUCUUCUCGACAUCCAAGGAGUCGGAGAUGAGGCGCUUCUGCAGAAGUACGAGGUCAAGGCCAAUGACGCCAUCCUCGCCGAGGAGAAACACAUGGGUCUCUAUGAAGAUCUACUCCAGAACCACGAUGCCAAAUUGAUUGCAGGUGGUGCUGCUCAGAACACUGCUCGAGGUGCCCAGUACAUCCUCCCCGAGAACUCGGUCGUUUAUAUUGGCUGCGUCGGCAAAGACAAGUACGCCGAUAUCCUGACCCAGGCCUGCAAGACCGCCGGCGUGCACACCGAAUACCGUGUCGACGAAGUCCAACCCACUGGAAAAUGCGGUGUUAUCAUCACUGGCCACAACCGUAGCAUGGUCACCCACCUUGCUGCCGCCAAUGAAUACAAGCUCGACCAUCUUAAGCAGCCCCAUGUCUGGUCCCUUGUUGAGAAGGCCCAGGUGUACUACGUUGGUGGCUAUCAUUUGACAGUCUCUGUUCCAGCUAUUUUGGCUCUUGCUGAAGAAGCCGCUGCGAAGAACAAGCCAUUCGUCUUCUCGCUUUCCGCCCCCUUCAUCCCUCAGUUCUUCAAGGACCAGCUCGACCAAGUAAUCCCAUACGUCGACUACCUGAUUGGCAACGAAACCGAAGCUCUGUCCUACUCCGAGCACCAUGGCUGGGGCCUCACUGACAUUGCCGAAAUCGCCAAGAAACUCACCACCCUGCCCAAGAAGAACACCCAACGCCCUCGCGUUGUCAUCAUCACCCAGGGAACUCUCCCCACCGUCACUGCCGUUGCCACUGCCAGCGGCGCCGUAGAGACCAAGGAAUAUCCCGUUCACGAAAUCCCCAAGGAGAAGAUCAACGACACCAACGGUGCUGGCGACGCUUUCGCCGGUGGUUUCGUCGCCGGUGUUGUCCAGGGUAAAACUUUGGAACAAAGCAUCGACCUCGGCCAGUGGCUUGCUAGCCUCAGCAUCCAAGAACUGGGACCAUCAUACCCAUUCCCCAAACAAACCUACUCUCGCCAAUAG